CAGCGCAGGGACGGGGGAAGAACCUACUCAUCUAAGGGGAAGAAGGGUGCGGACUGUCCGGGCCGUCACCGUUCUCCUAGGAGCGCCCAGUAGGGCGGGGCGGAGCCGGGCGGUCUUAGUGAUGUCACAACCCCUUGAACUAACCGGCUCGAGGCAGUUUACGAGCUGCGCAAGCGCAAAGAGCAGGGUCACCUAACGGCCCACGGCCCCGCCUUACGUGAACCGCUUCAGAGAGCGCGACUCGUGGCGCGUGGCCUUGUGGGCCCUGUAGUUUUUUCUUUUCUCGCCGGCUCCUCCCUAUCGCUUCAGUUUUUGACUCCCGCGGGACUCCGUUUCCCGUGGUGCGCCGGGGCCGGCUUCCGGUGCGGGUACGGGUCGGUGCACGCGGCGGCAGUGGCGGCGCCCUGGUGACAUUGCUCGGGGGCCAUGGAGGGCAGCUUCGGUUCGGAUUUCGGGGGUGCGGCGGGGGCCGGCGGCGGGAAGCUGGACCCAGGGCUCAUCAUGGAGCAGGUGAAGGUGCAGAUUGCCGUGGCCAACGCGCAGGAGCUGCUGCAGAGGAUGACGAACAAGUGUUUCCGGAAGUGCAUCGGGAAACCCGGCAGCUCCUUGGAUAACUCCGAGCAGAAGUGCAUUGCGAUGUGCAUGGAUCGCUACAUGGAUGCCUGGAAUACAGUGUCCCGCGCCUACAACUCUAGAUUGCAGCGGGAGCGAGCCAACAUGUGAGGCAUGUGCUUUUGGAGUGGACAUCCAGGAGCGCUGGCUCUGUUGUCCAGAGUGGCCGACUGGACACAGCCAGGGAGCUCAUCCUCCUCCCGUCCUCCCUGCUGACAAGGUGCUUUGAGAAUGAAAGGAAUAAGGCAGGGGCAGGGGAGGAUUCCUGAAAUUUGGCUCCAUUCCUUGGUGAUUCCCCAGCCCCUUCUGAGCACACUAAUAAAAGCCCUGUUUGUGGAGCCUGGAUCUCUGCCCUUCUCUAAGGGCUCAGUUCUCCCCUUCUCUGCUGUAACCACAACUUAUAGGCGAAGUAUUGGGCUAUUGGAGGUCCUCCUGCAGGCUGGGAAGCUCCUGGCCCCCUCCUGGAGGAACAUGACAUUACUGGCUCCAAGCAUAUACUGAUUCUGAACUGGGUCUGCGGCUAUUCCCUGGGAAAGGCUUGUUUGGCGCUCCUGAGUGGGGGAUGCCCAGCUCACGAGCAAGGGUCUAUGUCGUCACUGCCUGUUAUGUAUCCAGAAAACAGUAAAAUCCUGUCUGUGACACCAGAGCUACUUAUUUUCUCCAUCUUCUGAGCAAAGACAAGUAUGGAUUUUUCUUUGAAAGGUUUGUGCCUCUGAGUUGGGACAUGUUCUUUUGGUUGGGAGUGGGCUGAGUAGAGUAUCCUGCCCUGCCUGGCCCAGCUGUGUUGGGGUAGGUACCUGUAUUUGGAGUCACUGGCACCCAUGUGACCUUAGGCAAGUCACAUAAUGACUGGGAGGUCUCUUUUCAAAUCUUAGCAUAAUAGUGUGAUUUAGAAUGUCUUUUGCUAUAAGAAGCACUUCUCUUUGAUAUAAUGGGACUGUGAUGACCCAAAUGGUUAUGAAGAAAACAGCUUUUUGAGGUCACUAGCUGAAGCUUCCUUGAGGAUAAGGAAUAAUAAUAGUAAUUUAUGUAGCAUGUGUUUCAAUCUUCUUGUCGCUGUGCUAAGUGUUUUACAACUACUUUAUUCGAUUCUCACAACGAUCCUGUAAUGUAGGUGCUUUUAUUCCCAUUUUAUAGUUGAGGAAAUGGACACAAGUGGGGAAAGUGAAUUGCCCAGAGCCUCAAGCUGUCUGUGGCUUCCUGAUUCCCAGCCUGUUGUGUCCUGUCUGUUGUACCACGGAGCCACCAAGGAUGCUGCUCUGUAUUUUCAAGGUUGGCUUGGGUUCCUCCUGACUUGACUUAGGUCUGGUGGUCCACUUGGCUGGUGCCACAGGGAUUCAGGAAGUCUUGGACUGAAUGCUGAGAUGCCAGUAACACAUCAUCUUGAUAUCUCAGCAUAGCUAAGCAUCUCAUCCUGUGAGGGUCAGCUCUGAUUAUGGUUGGGGGAUAAUGAUGACUGAAAUAAUUCACAUACAUACCUAUAGCACUUGAAGGGUUACAAUGCAGUUUUGGAAGAUGUAACAGGUAGUGUGAAGUAUUAAAGUUUUAGCUCCACUUUACAGAUGAAUAAACUGAGUCUCCAAGA